CGCGGCUUGCACAGCCAUCACCACAUCCCGGAGUGUCUCUGUGCGUGCGGUACUGCGAGCCGCCGCCGCCGCCGUUGCUGCUGCUGCUGCUGCUGCUCCUCCUGCUCCUCAACGUGGAGCCAUAAUCGCGACCAAGGGCACCCCGGGAGACACUCACCCCGCCGAGCCGAGCCUCCGCCGGACCCAGCCGACCCGCCGAGAAACCGCGGUUUUGAGUCCUGAUCCCAGUUCAGCUGGUCUGCCCCUCUCCAGUCCUCGGCAGCUCAGCUGUCCACCAGCAGUGGCAUUAGACUCCGUCUCCUCGUCCUCCUUGUUCUUCUUCUUCUUCUUCUUCUUCUUCCUCGUGAGCAGACAUGCCUCCAGCGGUGGGUGGGCCUGUAGGAUACACCCCUCCUGAAGGUGGCUGGGGCUGGGCAGUGGUGGUGGGGGCCUUCAUCUCCAUUGGCUUCUCCUACGCCUUCCCCAAAUCCAUCACAGUGUUCUUCAAAGACAUAGAGGCCAUCUUCGAUGCCACACCCAGUCAGGUGUCCUGGAUCUCCUCCAUCAUGCUGGCUGUCAUGUAUGCUGGAGGUCCAAUCAGCAGCAUCCUUGUGAACAAGUUUGGCAGCCGGCCCAUCGUCAUAGUCGGUGGUUGUCUGUCGGGGUCGGGGCUGGUCGCGGCCUCCUACUGCAACACCGUGGAGCAGCUCUACUUCUUCAUAGGAGUAGUGGGAGGUCUGGGACUGGCGUUCAACUUGAAUCCAGCCCUCACGAUGAUCGGUAAAUACUUCUACAAGCGCCGGCCCAUCGCCAACGGCAUCGCUAUGGCCGGCAGCCCCGUGUUUCUGUCCACCCUGGCCCCUCUCAACUCCUGGCUCUACGAUGAGUUUGGGUGGAGAGGCAGCUUCCUCAUCCUGGGUGGGCUCCUGCUCAACUGCUGCGUGGCUGGCUCCCUCAUGCGUCCCAUCGGGCCCAAACCUCAGCCCGCAAAGCCCGAGUUGGAGGCGGGCGAGGCCAAGGCGGGGGACUCAGUACAGCCGCAGCCUAAGAAGACGGUCCUGCAGACCAUCAACUCCUUCAUCGACCUGACGCUGUUCAAACACCGCGGCUUCCUGCUCUACCUGAUGGGCAACGUUGUUAUGUUCUUCGGCCUCUUUGCUCCGCUUGUCUUCCUCUCUAAUUAUGCCAAGAGUAAAGACAUCGGGAAAGAGAAGGCGGCCUUCCUGCUGUCAGUGCUGGCGUUCGUUGACAUGUUUGCCCGGCCCUCCAUGGGCCUGCUGGCUAACACCAAGUGGGUCCGGCCUAGGGUGCAGUACUUCUUCGCUGCGGCCGUCCUUUACAACGGUGUGUGCCACGUGCUGGCGCCGCUGUCGACUGACUACACUGGAUUUGUGGUGUACGCCAUCUUCUUCGGCUUUGCGUUUGGCUGGCUGAGUGCCGUGUUGUUUGAGACACUGAUGGACCUGGUGGGAGCGCAGAGGUUUUCUUCAGCCGUGGGUCUAGUCACUAUAGUGGAGUGCGCGCCAGUGCUGUUGGGCCCACCGCUAACGGGUACUUUCUACAACUACUACCACAGCUAUAACUACACCUACAUAACCUGUGGCAUCAUCCUCAUGGUCGCCAGCGUCUUCCUCUUCGUGGGAAUGGGCAUCAACUACCGCCUGGUGGAGCGGGAGAGGAAGGAGGAGGAGAGGAGAGAAAGAGAGGAGCCCAAGGAGGAGCGCGCCGCCAUGUUGGCGCCUCCCUCUCCAUCCAAAUCCGGCCAGGAGGCGAAGGAGGAGAACAAGGCCGUCACGCUGGAUGACGUCACCAGGAUGGACGAGGACACGGUCUAGAGAAUCAAAAGCUGACUCGAGAAGGACGCACACACGCCAUCGCACACUUCGCAGAAACACACAUGAAAGUUGCAGUUACUCAGUACAACCACACACUGUCUUUAUAGAGUGAUAAAACCCGUGUACACAACCCUGAAGCCAUAGAAAUUGUUAUUUUUAUCAUUAAGAACUGAGACCUGUUGCUGUGACGUGAAGCUUAGCCGACCGUAAAGCUUGUCAAGCAGCGAUCACUGCGUUGAUACCUCUAGUUUCGGUAUUCGACGUGCCUUUGGUAAACUCAAGUCCUCCGGGAGCACGCGCACCGCUUACGUAAACACCAGAUAGACGCACAACUGACAGACCGAGGACUUCACACUCAGGGUCUUCUCGCAAGUCGCUCGGCCUCGACUCAGCUUUAGCCGAGCUGAGGCUCAGAGUCAAACAGAAUAUUUUGUUGCAGUACAUAGAGAUACUGUACAUUGUCCCUCUCAUUCUGCAUACACACACACUUGCGUUGCUUCACUCUUCAAGGGCUGAACAAGAAUUAAAAGGACACAUUCAUAUUAUCGUAGGUGCAGUUAGAGUAUAAUGUAUCGGUCUGUUCACACGUUAGGUCCAGGUUUUUAUGCAGAUUUAUGCAGGAGAACAAAAGAAAACGAAUCAAAAUGGGGGUAAAAGAAUUCUGGAAGCUGAUUGGGACACAGGGAGAAGAAAUGCUUACGACGACAGCGGCAAUAUUUUAACCUUUAGUCAGGAAUAUACAGCACAAAAACUGAGAAAUGUAUAAAAAAUUCAAAGAUGUAGGAAAGUAAGGAAGUUGAAAACUAAGGUAUGAAUCUUUUCAGAGGUGCUCCUGAAUCUCGGUUAUAAUGGUAGUUACCUGCAGUGUAGAGGGCACUUGUUAAUGGUCUGCUUGUACAUAAGUAUGUGUGCACUUAUGCUAUUUUGUACCACACGCCCUCCGACCAGAGCAGCUCAUCACACCUUUGUUUUAGUGAUGGAGAUGAGACGCAUUUGAGCAAAAAAAACAGCCACACAGUUUGGACUCGUCAUGGCCCGCAGCUUUAUCUGCUGUGUAACCGGCAGCACGAGACGACUCGCGCUAUUAAAUGACACCACGUGCUGGUUUGUGCAGAAUAUCCACAUAGAUGGAAAUAGCGUGUGCGUGUGCGGUUUGACCUGACCAGCUUUGGUGCCCAAACAGGAAAAAAAAUAAAUAAAUAAAAUCUCACUCUGAAUCACACAAACAUCCUUAUUUUUCAUCAUUUUGGAUUUUAGGACUGGCAGCACCCUAUAGUGUUGUUUUUUAAUCGUGAAUAACACAUUUUAGUUUACAACAAUAUCUAGAAAACUUUUAGUGAUUUUAAACAAAAAAAAAAUCUAUUUUAGCUCAAUGUAUAAUGACAAUCUGACAGCAAGUAAUCUUUUUAAUCGAUUUGGAGAAAAGGAAGUGUGUGUGUGUGUGUGUGUGUGUGUGUGUGUGUGUGUGUGUGUGUGUGUGCGUGCGCGUGCGUGAGCGAGUGAGAGACAAUGUGUGUGUUUGUUCGUGUCAGCAAGCAGACAGUUUCAACUGUAGCCCGGUUUCAUCAUUUCAUUUGUUUGAAAUUCUCAGCUCGUCCUGCAGUUUGUCUCGAGACUGCACAAAAUGUGUCAUAUCAGAUCCACAGUCUUUGUAGUUUCAAAUCGAUCACAGAUCGAUCAGGUGAUUAAUUAGGCAUCGAUCAGUGGCUGGGCUUACGUCCGUCGGAGCAACUCUUGUUCGAGGGCGGUCUCUGUGUGCAAAGUAGAGGAAACAGAAGACAUGAGACAUGUCCGCCCUCUUCAGCCUGAACAAACUUUCCCUAUUUUUGAUUGUGGAAAAAUAAAUGGAGGUUUUAAACAAUUCACUAUUUGGUAUAAAUGUUUUUAAACUUAAAUGUUUUAUUAUUCUAAAAUUAUUGCUUUGCUGAAAAUGUGUAAUUUUUGCAACAAUGAGAAUCUGAUCAAAUGAAAUAAGUAAUAGUUUUGAAGGAAGGGUCACUAUUUUUACUUCUUUUUUUCUACAGACUGUUUUUCAUUUGUAGAUUUGUACUGUGAUCAUUUCUUGAAGCGGGAAUAAUGUUUACCCACAGCUCCAUAAAACGCUGUUCUCUAUUCUUCUUAUCGUCAACAAAUCCCUUGGAAAAAGACCAGAACUUAACAAUGAACCGAUCCUACUAACAAGUACAACAGUAACUUUAUCAUCGAAUAAUCUACCGAUCAUUUUCUGAGUUAAGUGUUUGGUUUACAAAUGUCAGUAGCUAGUGAUAAAUGUCCACAACAGGUUCCCGUAGUCCGAGGUAAUGUCUGAAAAUGUCAAGAUAUCCAGUUGUCUGUCAUAGAAGUCUGAGGAAACAAGCAAAUAUUCUCAUUUGAGAAGCUUGAACCUGUGAAUUUUUUUUUUUUGUGUGCCGUUUUUGCUUCAAAAAAAUUCUUAAUGUUUUUAUUCCAUCAUCAUAAUUGUUGCCGAUUGAUUUUCUGCCGGUCGACCAAUCCAUUUGCAGGUCUGGUAACAACUGCCGUCUGCGUAGACAGAGCCUGAUAUAUUUUAUUCCUCUGUGCCGCAGACCUCUGUUGUUUGUCCAACACCUUCGGCUGUGUCUUACAUCACUCCCUCGCGUACCUCUCCCUGUGUAAUGAACAGCAGUUUACUGUAUAGUGAGCAGUGAAACGAGAUUUCAGAUGCUUAUUAACCGUUAUCGUUCCGCGCCGGCGCUGACGAGUGUUGAGUCGCUCCGCUCUAAUUUUCUCAUCUGCAAACAGUUUGGGGAUUGUUAGCAGACGGUAGUUCCAUUGUGGGAAUUUCCUGGGGGCACGAUAAGGUCUAGUGCCAUAAUUUCUCACACACACACACACACACACAUAAAGUUAAGGUGCUCAAAUAAAAUGGCGGACAGAAAAAGUUGUGCACUACAUAGUGAACAGGGAAGGAUUUAAGGCACACCCAGUUAAAAACACACCAAUAACCAGACCAUUGUACUUGGCGACGUGGGGACUGUAGCUUAUUUUGAGUCGAUACCACACACACACACACACACACACACACACACACACCAUCCUGCUCCUGGAAAUAUUCACUAGUGUGUUAUUUCUCUGUAGCAGAAAACAGUCCCCAACAAAUGCACAGUUUUUGGAAAGUAAGGAGUCCUUUUUAAAAAAAAAAAAAAAAGAAACUAUAUAUUUUCAGCCUGUUCUUAAAGAUUUACAUCAUCACUAGGAAGCAUUGGUCUUGGGGCUGAGUGCCACAGAGAAGUAUCGAGAGACGGACUAACACGGUGUAAGUCUCUGUCUUUUCAUGGGAUUUGUUGACAAUAACGAAAAUGUCCUUUUUAUAUUCUGAAGACAACCCCGAUCAAAUGAAAGAUACAAAUGUUUUUGUAAUGGAUCACUACUUUUUUAAAAUUCCCUGAUGCAUGGUCAGUUGUUCCAACAUCUGUCUCUCCACAGAGAGGGAUGUCUGAGCGGGCGAAGCAAUACGGCGACAGCCGGGGAGGCAGAUCACGUUUUCUGUUGAAGUAAAUGAAUGAAUGUGUUGAAAGGGGUGUACCAUGUACUCUGUAUGCUACCUUUUGCUUUUUGAAAGCUGUACCAUGACCAAACGUAAGGAGUCGUUUUAAAACCACUUACUUACAAAAUGUAAGUUGUCAUCUAAACGUAAAUGUUAUUUGAUUUUGACAAAAAUCACUGUUUGUUGUUCCGAGGUAUUGUUGGCGCCAGGGGGAGAAUAGUUUCUCUCUGGUUCCACCUGAAGCAUUCACCUGCCCGCGUACUUGAAUUUGAGGUGGAGCUCUGUUUGGGACAGCGGGACAGGUCCAUGGUUCAGUGGAAGCCGUAGAGAAAUUGUUUGCGGGACUGCCCUGGUUUCUCUGUGUCCACAUCCCCUUUGCUCUAAGCCCAGAUUUUCUCUCGGUUAACGACAGACUUGACACAUAUGCCGUCUUGGGUGAGUUCGCUGUCGGGCGACAGGACGGUUUGAUUGACUCAAAUUCAAAAUUGAGUAAAACCUGCAGUUAUUUUGCCUUUGAGACGAAUCGCUGAAAAGGUGACCAUUGGAAAGAAUAGAACAAAACCAUUUCAUUGAGUGUUUUCCAGCGCAGGGGUUUCUGAAAACGGUACUGUUCUUAACCGCAGCACCUUUUUUUGUGUUCAAAAAUGAAAACAAAAAAGAACAAGCAUCAGUGUUUCUGGAAAAUAACUGUUUUCUUUCUUUGAUUUGAGG